AUGUGCGGAAGCGACAAUACCACUUACGAAUCAUUUUGUUCCUUUCGUGUCGCGAGGUGCGAAGCGAAGCAAAACAAAACCAGGUUGACGGUGCUGUAUAAGGGGGAGUGUAAAAAGCAGAAAAAAACAAGAGUGUGCCCGAAUUUGGGCCAAUGUUACAUUAAAGAACAGCCCGUCUGUGGCAGCGACAAAAAAACUUACAGAAAUCCUUGUUUCUUUCGGGUUUCAAAGUGCAUCGCCAAACGGCAGAACCAGAAGUUGACUAUCAAGAAGAGAGGUAAGCAUGCAUGAAUUUUUUUUCACACAACUAAAGGCAGCGAAGGAAAGAAAAUUUAAAGGAAAAUGUCCAGGCCUAAAUAGCGGCUAUAUGAUAAGGUCAAAGUUCUUUAAAAGCAAGGUCAAAUAUCAGUUGAAACAAUCUCCACCUGAUUUGUCUUCUUUGUCGGUGAUUUGUGCGCUAUAUUAAAAGUGCAGCGGUUAAACUCAUGUUUUAACUUCCAAGGCACACGAUCGUGAAGAACCAAAGAAGCUUUAAGUAAAUCUCAAAAAUGCUACAGCGCCAUAUGAUCUGGAAUAUUUAUUAGGCAUUCUUUCGCGUUUGUUUGCAACUCCUUUAUUACAGCAUUCAUGGAUGAACACAAGAAUCAAAGCCAAACGUUUUGAAUUUCAGAAACCAAACACUAAUUCCAUCAACAAAAGCGCUCUCAAAAUGGGAUCAUUUCCAUUGAAAUCUUGUUUACUCGAUGCGGGAGAGAUGUUUAUUUUAUACAUACGAAGAUUUCCAACUGAACAGACAACGAAGUAAGUCUUCAUUUCCAAGCUGGUCUGUGUAGCUGAUAGCCAAUCAAAUGAUGUGUAAAACAUAUGUCGCGUGUAAGAAAAACGACACGAUACUUUCCAUAUUGAUUACUUGUCUUGCGAAAAGUAACACGACGAUCAUAACAAAAGACAUUCCACAUCGUCGAUUUUCUAAAAGUGUCAAAAGUUUUUUUUCCGAUCAAGAUAGACAUUGUUAUUCUCUCGUUAAUAUUUACCAGGAAUUUCACCCGUUUGCUGCGAUCACUCGUUUUAUUCCUGAAUAUUCUCUUACUCACGCGUAAACACCUUACUGGUGGCCUCUUAUUAAAUAUUCUACCUUAAUAUCUUAACCUCUUGAAAAUAAUCUUCGGGAAUUUGUAAAAUAAAAUGAAACACUCAUCUGGGGUAGACUGUCUUAUUUUCAAAGCUUUUUUGUUAACUCCUAUGAUGUGCUGAAAUACAAGCAACAUUUAUGUUUGCAAGGUUUUUAUAGAUAGAGCCCUUUAAUAAAGACUUUCUCCUUCUUUUCCGGCAUCAAAGUGAAGUCACGACAACGAUUCUUCACUGAUCUCGGUAAUUUCCUCUAAUAUUAUCAAAACGAAAAAAAAAUAUGAACAUAUGUUUUGCAGAAGUUCUACUAAAGUUUACAUACAAGAGACUUUGGUUUUGAUCUAUCGUGACCUCUCUGACCUACAAUCACGUACGGAAAUCAUGGUAGACUGAUACACCACCACUGUUGUUUUGGUACACUUUGGGAUCCUAUCACUCACCGGUUGUGAAAAUGUGCAUUGUGCGGUUGUGAAAAUGCGCAUUGUGCGGUUGUGAAAAUGUGCAUUGUGCGGUUGUGAAAAUGUGCAUUGUGCGGUUGUAAAAACACGAAUUGAAUUGGUAUCAGCUGUUCAUUUUCCUCGCGGUAAAUACUGUGCAUUGAUGGCAGAAUUGAACUCUUUGUUAGUUUGAAGCCCCCCUCAGCUGGUUGAUAACAAUCUCUCGUCUACAACGUUUAAAUUUCUGCCAGCAAAAGUCAUUAUAGACCCAUUAUCCAACUACAAAGCUUACAAACGAAUGUUCCAGAGUCUUUGAAGCUUCUUUGACAUUGUGACUGUUGUUAAUAAAGUGUCAAUUAAAUAUUGGGAUUAUCCUUGAAAUGCUCCUAUACGUAUUUUGUUCGCGCUACCAUAUAUAAUUGCGGACACGAACGAGGGUCCACUCAAAACAGGAUUGAAUGCAGCUGUAUAGACCUGAAAGGAAGAUAGGGAAAGCUUAUUGAAAGAAAAUAGUCAAGGAAAAAUCAUUGCUUGCCUCUUGGCAAGCAUUUUUUUCUUAAAAUUACCAAGUCUCAGUUCCUUUUAUUCAUGAUUGAGUUUUGGCACGGAUUUUUAUAAGCUAAUUUUAGCAGAACUUAUCAGCAAUAGGGUUCAUUAAUUUAUUGUUGUUUGAAAGGAUAAUUGGAAAAGCGGCACUUUUUGGAAGUGGUUUAUUCCCUUUCCUUGUCACGAACAGUAUAUUUCUCGUUUGUUGGACAAGGAAACGGAAAUCGAAUUAAGAGAUUACCGAAUUAUUGCAUUUUCCUUAUCAACCAGGGCAUGAUCUAAGUAAAUAUCUUGCACACAAUAGUUGCUAAAGAAUUACGCGAUUUAAACUCCGUAGCGUUAAGGAGAUGUUCAGUUAGUUCAGGAAAUUCUUGAUGUUGGAUCUCUGUUUAAUGCAAGCUAUUUCCAACAUUUCUUUCAGGGGCGUGUGGCAAACGGAAACCUUCCAAAUCGUGUCCAAAAAAGUGUCCAACUAAAUAUCGACCCGUGUGUGGCACAGAUAAUAAGACGUACGAAAACAGCUGUCUUCUAUCCAUUGCCAAAUGUGCACUGCCCAAGAAAAACAGGAGCUCUCUUCAGUUGCAGUAUAAUGGACCAUGCAGUUCCCCGACCACCCCAAAGCCUUGCCCUAGAUGGGAGGACUGCAAAAUUGUGAGGAGACCCGUGUGUGGGUCGGACGGGAAAACGUACCCUAACUUGUGCGUCUUCCGGGUCACAAAGUGUCUUGCAAGGAGAAACAAACAAAAGCCUCUAAAGCUAAAAUACAAAAAGGCGUGCAGCAAACGAAAAAAUAAGAAGGAUAAAAGAAAGGAAAAAAAGAGAAAGGGAGGGAAGAAAAAUGGUAAAGGGAAGUCUGGUUCCAAAGGAAAAAACAAGAGGGGAGACUAGCGACAUAUUGAAAAUACCACGACCAGUUUAACUUGUUACGGAGAAUCACCUUCAACCGCAGCGUCUAAUGAACGUAGUCCGUUAAGUGGAUCUCAUAAGGCUCUGAAAUUCCUCAUGUUGAAGUUGAGGCUAAAUGCGAGGCUUCUCUUGUAUAAAUGCGAUAAAUCUGCUUGAGAAUAAACAAAAUCAAUAGUUUUUAGCCACUUUUUAAAGCAGAUUUUGUAAUUUCGGGAAUGGCCCAUUGCUUCAGCAGAAAACAUGCGUACCGUGUAGCAUUUGAACUACUAUUCUUGAAAAGGAAAAAAAAAAAAUAGACAUGCUGUUGGGCGCACGAAACACUGGUCGAAGCCGGAUUUUUUCUCCUAAUUAUUUAGUGCACAGAUAAGUACUGAAACAGGAAUUCUAGUCGAAAUAGAUAGCUCUUAUAACCGUAGCAUCGAUCGGUGAUAGGUAACUAAUCGUUCUUAUGACUGUCUUGAAUUUUGGAAUUGAUUCGUAGACCACAUCCUAUAUUUAGAAUUUCUGCACAGUCUUGAUGAAAGAGGCUCAUGCGCCAUGCUAGUAAAAAAAAAAACUGGGUCUGCAGGAAAAGUAAUGAUUACGGUAAACCUUCUUCUUAAUUAUCCUUCUCGUCCUUGGAGUCAGUUUGGUAUUUUCUAAAUAUUUUGCUAAGUAUCAAAACGGUCAUAAAAUUGCUGAGGCAUGGCCUUCGUCUGCCUACCGAUUACAGUCUAGUCAUAAAUGAUAAUUUGCUAUUUGCUAGAACUGCCUAUUGAUUGAAUUUAUACAAGUGGAAUACCAUUAUUUGGAACUCCAAUUAACCAGUGAUAACUCACAAUCUUCAGGGCUAAAAAUUAACUGCAGUGCCGGGUGGCCAGUCGGGCCAGUUUCCCUGAAUUCUUAGUGGCCCAUCCCAAAAUUAAGUAGUCCUAGAUUUCCUCUAGUUUAAAAUUAAAAACUUGAAUAAACGCCCCAUGACUUUAAAAGGAGCGUUAACUAAAAGGAAAGAACAAGCUCGUGAAAUCACUGUUAAAACCGCUAGGAAUUUCCACUUCAGAACUAAAAAACUCGCUAAAAUGGAUGAUCUUAGAGUCCAGGCAAAGAAGAGAAAGGUAAUCC